GUCACGUGAUAACAGACGAGCCCUAUUGUCGGAAUCGGCCGUUAACGUUAGUCCAACAAAUACACACAUUUCUUGGUCUAAAUUAUUCAGUUUCUACGACUACCUCUACACUGAUUUCAUAUUGUAUUGAUUGGUAAAAUGGGAAGAAGCCGGAGUCGAACUCCUCCAAGACGAGAGAGAAGGCGUUCCCGCUCAACUUCCCGGGACCGUGAGCGGAAAAGAAGGGAAAGGGAACGCUCUCGUUCUCGAGAUCGUGAGCGGCGGCGAAGUCGCUCACGAUCUCCUCACAGGAGACGUUCAAGGUCUCCCCCCCGACGUCAUCGCUCCUCUUCCUCCCACUCUGACCGCCGCGACGAUGAGCGCAAAGAUUCUAAGGAAAAAACUGUGAAGCCCAUUCAGAUUUCUGAGGAAGACAUGGAGGGUAAAACAGAAGAGGAAAUUGAGAUGAUGAAGCUGAUGGGUUUUGGCUCCUUUGAAACCAGCAAGGGGAGGAAAACUGAUGGGUCGGUCAAUGCAUUUGCUAUCAAUGUGAGCAUGAAGAGAAAAUACAGGCAGUACAUGAACAGAAAAGGUGGGUUCAACCGACCACUGGACUUCAUUGCCUGAAAGCAUUCACUAACUUUUGAUAGCCGGCAAGCUGAGCUCCGUUCUGCCCUCCAUCGUAGUGGAUGGUAUUUUGCUGUUUCAUGUAAUUUUGUGGUAUGCAACAUUUGUGUAUAUAGUUUUUUUUCUUCAUUUUUUUCCCCCAGCAAUACUCAGCUUUGUCAGAAAAUAGACAGUAACAUUGCAUGCGGUGGCUCUGUGUUGUUUAUGUGUGUGGAAUUUUAUCUGAAAUAAAAUGAUUUCUAAAAUGUG